GUGUACGUCAAUGUGUGGUUGUAUACGUGUGGUGUGUGUUUGUGUGUGUGUGUGUAUGUGUCCGCGCGUUUGUACGCGAAGUGUCUCGUGCGAGGCCGUCCGCGCUUAUCUCGUCAAAGGUUGUUAUUCUGUCCGUUUCGUCCGUCAACACGAACUACAAUACGAAUAAAAAAAAAAAUAAUCGCAGUUCGAGUUCCGGUGCAGUCUGUUCGCCGUUUUUUUUUUUUUUUACAAACACCCGUGUGUCCGGCGAUUUCCGUGCGCCGAUAACAUAUAUGUUUUAAACGGACCGGAACGGACGCCCCGAACCAACUAUGGAAGCCACCGCCAAGCACGACUUCAAAGCCACGGCGCCCGAUGAAUUAAGCUUCAAAAAGGGUAGCUUACUUAGGGUGAUCAACAUGGAAGACGAUGUAAAUUGGUUUCGGGCUGAGUUUGAGGGCAAAGAGGGACUAAUACCUAGCAAUUAUAUAGAAAUGAAAAAUCACGAUUGGUACUAUGGUAAAAUCACUCGAGCUGACGCUGAGAAAUUAUUAGACCAACAGCCUGAGGGUUGUUUUCUAGUACGUAUAAGUGAGAGUUCACCUGGAGAUUUUUCAUUAUCCGUCAAAUGUGGUGAUGGUGUCCAACAUUUCAAAGUUUUACGAGACGCACAAGCAAAAUUUUUCUUGUGGGUUGUGAAAUUUGAUAGUUUAAAUGAAUUAGUUGAUUAUCAUCGAGAAUCAUCUGUUUCCCGUUCACAAGACGUUAGACUUAGGGAUAUGCCAGCAGCAACUCAAAAUGGGUUUAACCAAAAACCGACUCUGGUGAUUGGGAUGUAUGACUUUACACCUCAAGAAGAUGGAGAAUUAGCAUUUAAACGAGGAGAUGUGAUUACUGUGACGAAUCGCACUGAUGUAAAUUGGUGGCGAGGUGAGAUUGGUACCAGAGAAGGACUGUUCCCAGCUGCGUAUGUUUCUCCUUAUCAUGCCCCUUAAUCUACAGUGUUCUUAAUUGUAUGGAAUGUAUUUACUACUAUAUGAAACUGUGUAUUUACUACUGUAGAGAAUAUGUGACCAUGAAAUAGACUUAACAAUUCUAGAUUUUUCUUUCGGAAUCGGAUAAUUUAUUGAAGUGAAGAAGAAGUCAAUAAUUAUUUAGAUACUUAAAUUUGUUUAGGUUUUUCAAGUUUUGUUAUUAAUUAAUUCAUUGAUAUAUUAACUUAAUUUUUUUUGCUUAUCCAUUAAUUUUUAUUCGUUAAUAUGUACAAAGUUAAUACAUUAUGAAUCAAAAUGAUAAAAUGUUACCUACCAUUCUGACUUAACAAAUGUUAAAAAGUAUUUUUUACUUUUAAGAAUAUAAAUAAAAACAAUUUUGACAUGUGAUGAUAACUGUUGAAUAUGAACUAUUAAUUUUCAUGUUAGAUAAAUGUUCAUUAAUUUAUAGACCUUUUUUUUUGGAAUUUAUUAUUUUGAUUUAUAUGUAUGAGUUUUUUACUCACAUGCUUAUAGUGUACAUUUAUAACAUAAACAUUGCUUUGAUAACCUGCUAUUAUUUAUAAUAUACGAUAAUAGUUCUGAAUAUUAUGGUUAAUAGCUUAAACAUUAAAAUAAUACCUAUGAACAAUAAGUCAAUAAAACAGAAAUAUAGGUUAAUUAUUCAUAAAAAUUAAAGUUACAUAACAGUAUCCAUUUAUUCUUUUAUAAACAUCAAUUAUUAUAAUUCUUAAAUUUGUACAAAUUUUAAUUUAGUGAAAUCUGUCUAAAAUGUAUGUUAUUAACAAAAUAUUAUGAAAUUGGUUCUUUAUCUCAACUAAAUAUUUUAUUUGUUAAUUAAAUAAAUUGGCAUUUAUCAUUUAAUUUAAGAUAGAUUUCACUUAAAUCAUUUGUGUAUACUAUUAUAUUUAAAUUAGGAAUAUUAAAUUUAGUAAAAGUUGAUGAUUUGUUCUGUGUUUUUUUUUUAGCGUUUAUACUACCAGUUCUUUAUGGAAUUAAAUUUAUAAAUAUUAUAUGAUGUAAACUAUAUUUUUUAAUGAUUGCAUUUAAAUAAGGAAAUAAUUUUUAUCAAAUGUAUUUCCAUGUUAAUGUUUUAUUUUUUAUUUUUAAAUUGAAUACACAAGUAUAACGAUAUUUAGAAACACAGAACUUAUGUUUUUUUUUUUACAAUUUAUAAAAAUCGCUCAAUUCCUUUAUCUGUAUCUAAUAAUCGUUUUUAAACAUUUAAAAUAUUUCAAAGAAUAUCUGUUUAGUUGUUUAUUUGUUGAACUUGUUUUAUACUUGGAUCAAUUAUUAUAUAUUGUGCUUAACAAUUUUUCAGUCAUAUCGAACAAUUAUUUUAGUUUUGAUUUUAAAUUAAACAAUACAAUGUCAAUUUGUGAUAUAAAAUAAUAUUAAAACUCCUUAUUUUACCUAUCUUAUAUAUUUCUUUGUUGUAGGUUGAUCAUUAAUUGUUUUUUUACUAAUGUGUCUAUAUUUAAGUAUUAAUUCUUCCUGACUUAUUCAUUAUUGGUAAGACUAUUGUCUACCCAUGAAUAUUUUCUUCGUAUUCUAUAAUAAUAUUUUUUUUUUUGUACUAGGUACUUAUAAAUAUUUUAUUUUUUAUUAUUUAUUUAAGUGAAAUAAGUUGUGAAAUAAUAUAUAUGUUAGUCAUAGUAAUUAAAGACUCGUAUAGUUGGAAAUAUUGAAAUAAUAUCCAUAAAGUCUUUAAUAAUUUAUUAUAUAUUAAGUAAUUAAUUAAGUGACUUUUUUCUUAUCUUAUACAAAAUAUAAUAUUAAAUUACAAAUAUUUUUGUGCCACAUUCAACA